AUGGCCCGCCCGGAGGGACGGCCGGGUGGGGCCCCCUCUGUGCUGGACUUGGAGCCCCCCGGAGGGGAGAUGCCCUGCUUGGACCUCUACGCCUUCCCUGCCGGAGUCGCCUUUGGCCAGAGGCCUUUCGCUGCGGCCGGAGGAGUCCCUGUCCCCAGCCUGGACGAUGGAGAUGCCGAGGAAGAGGAGGAGGAGGAAGAGGAGGAGGAAGACGGGCGAGUGAGGAGGGCCGCGCUGCCGGGCAGACCCAAGCGAAAGCGAGUCAUCACCCACGCGCAGCGCCAGGCGGCCAACGUCCGCGAGAGGAAGAGGAUGUUCAACCUCAACGAAGCCUUCGACCAGCUGCGGAAGAAGGUGCCCACCUUCGCCUACGAGAAGCGCCUCUCCAGGAUCGAGACCCUGCGCCUGGCCAUCGUCUACAUCUCUUUCAUGACCGAGUUGCUGGACAGCUGCAAUAAGCCAAAGGGCAGCUAG